ACAGAACUUUGAUAAGAAACAAUAUUUUGGUUAAACGACGAAAAAAGUUCUCAAACGACACAAGUGAGCUGUGGCAGUGUUUUGUUUCUCAAACUCAAACGUGUUCAAAUUCGACACUGAAUCGAGGAAGAAGAUUACUCCAAAUCAACCAUGUCGUGUUGUUUAUCUUGCUGCGCAUCUUUAACAUGUGGUCUCUGUACCUCCAUCGCAUCUGGGAUCUCUCAAAAAUCUGCUAGGAUCGGUUACUGUCUUCUCUUUGGCGCCUCUCUCAUAGUUUCUUGGAUUUUCAGAGAAGUUGGAGCACCCCUUUUGGAGAAAAUCCCAUGGAUAGACUCAUCGGGGACCCAUACAAAGGAAUGGUAUCAAGCACAAGCGGUUCUUCGUGUGAGUUUGGGAAAUUUCUUGUUCUUUGGUGUUUUAGCCCUCAUAAUGAUUGGUGUGAAGGACCAGAAUGAUAGGCGUGAUUCAUGGCACCAUGGUGGAUGGACUGGAAAGAUAGUGAUAUGGUUUUUGCUGAUUGUUCUUGCAUUCUUCAUUCCAGAUUCCGUAAUGCUAGCGUAUGGAUUCAUAUCGAAAUUUGGGGCUGGCUUGUUUUUAUUGAUUCAAGUGCUAAUUUUACUCGACUGCACCCACAAUUGGAACGAUGCGUGGGUUGAGAAAGAUGAACAGAAAUGGUAUAUUGCUCUACUUGUUAUAUCACUCGGGUGCUACAUUGGAGCAUAUGCGGUGUCAGGAAUUCUUUUUAUUUGGUUCAACCCUGGUGGAUAUGAUUGUGGUCUUAAUGUCUUCUUCCUUUCCAUGACGAUGAUUCUUUGUUUCGUGUUUGCAGUUGUUGCUCUACAUCCUAAGGUAAACGGAAGCUUAUUGCCUGCUUCUGUGAUUUCACUUUACUGUGCAUAUGUGUGCUAUACUGGUCUAGCUAGCGAACCUCGAGGUUAUGAGUGCAAUGGUCUCAACAAGUCCCGAGCUGUAAGCACAAGUACGCUCAUUCUUGGCAUGCUAACGACAGUUCUGUCUGUGUUGUAUUCUGCACUUCGUGCAGGAUCUUCAACCACGUUCUUAUCACCACCAUCUUCACCUAAAGCAGGUGAGAGCAAACCUCUUCUUGAAGCCGUGGAAGAAGGAAAGAGCAAAAUGGAAGAAAAAGAAGCGCGGCCAGUUAGUUAUUCCUAUUCAUUCUUCCACCUAAUAUUUGCCCUGGCUAGCAUGUAUUCAGCCAUGCUUCUUUCUGGAUGGACCAGCUCAUCUGAAAACUCAGAUCUGAUAGAUGUUGGUUGGACUUCAGUAUGGGUCCGGAUUGGCACAGAAUGGGUUACUGCUGGGUUGUAUCUGUGGACUCUCUUGGCUCCUUUGUUGUUUCCUGAUCGCGAAUUUGCUUAGUUCUCCUGUCUAGAAAUGAAUGCACAUAACUAAUUAUUUUAUUGAAAGUUAUGACUUUUCCUACCUACCUGUAAAAUGUUGUGUGUAGCCAUGUAUGAUGUGAAUAAACUCAAUCUUCAUAUGAUAUGUAUCAAAUUUACAUUUAUUAUCGUAGAUCCACUGCUUCCUCCUCCCAUUCUCCAAUCACCUACAAGUCUACUAGACAUGCUUCAACAUACAAAAGUCCUGACCACACAGGAGGAGCUUCAAACACUAAGAAAUUGCUAAAGAUCAUUCAAAUCAAAAUAGAACAUGAUUAUACAAAAUUGCUUACAUACAACCAAAUAAUGUCAGUUCUGGUUGUUUUGUUUCGGGUUUUUGUUGUCUUUUAUGUAGUCUUUUGUUUA